GUUGUGCUCACAAAUCACACAAGCCAAUUAAGCUCUCAUUUCAUUCUCCCACUACCACUGUCAUUCUACUCUUGUGUCUUACUAGCUCAUCAUCAUCAAUUCAUCAUGGCUGUUCUUACUUUCACCGACGAGACCACCUCUACCGUAGCUCCAGCUAAGCUUUUCAAAGCUUUGGUUCUAGAUGUUGAUACCAUCGUCCCAAAGGUUAUUCCUGUUUUCAAGAGUGUUGAAAUUGUUGAAGGAAAUGGAAUUGCCGUCGGAACCGUAAAAAAAAUCACUAUCAAUGAAGGUGGAGAAGACAAGUAUGUGUUGCACAAAAUUGAUGCAAUUGAUGAGGCCAAUUUUGGAUACAACUACAGCAUCAUUGGAGGUGUUGGGUUGCCGGACUCCGUGGAGAAGAUUUUAUUUGAGACCAAAUUGAUUGCAGGGCCUGAUGGAGGUUCCAUUGCAAAGCUCACCGUCCACUUCCACCUCAAAGGUGAUGCUAAACCCACUGAAGCAGAGCUCAAGGAAGGCAAGGAAAAGGGUGAUGGUCUUUUCAAGGCAGUUGAGGAUGGGCAAACCAAGGAAUUGUUGCACAAAAUUGAUUCAAUUGAUCAGGCCAAUUUGAAAUACAACUACAGCAUAGUUGGAGGUACUGAUCUUCCAGCCACAGUGGAGAAAAUCUCAUUUGAGGCCCAUUUGGUUGUGGGUUCAAAUGGAGGAUCAAUUGCAAAACACAAUAUCAACUACCACACCAAAGGCAAUGCUAGUUUCUCUGAAGAGGAGGUCAUGGCUGGCAAGGCCAAGGGUGAUGCUCUUUUCAAGGCCAUUGAGGGUUAUGUUUUGGCCAAUCCUGAUUACAACUAAAGCCUCUCGCUAAGCGAUUGCAUAUAUAUGCCGUGAUCAACCGCAUAUAAUCCAGUGUGCUUAAUUUGGUGCCAAUGUAAUUCUCCUUUUUAUUUUAUUUGCUUUUUCCGCGGAAUUGUGAGAUUUCAUUUCGUGAGUGUUGUACCUCCAUUCAAUAAAUAAUGAGCAACAAUUUCAGUAUAUAAA